AUGGACUGGAAUAUGGUUGUGACGGAUGAUGAGGAGGGCGACGAGACUGAAGAUCCGUUGAGCCCAGAAUCCGAACAUUACGUAGGUGAUGAGGGUGUCGAGGUCACCAACGUUACUAUUCAACGAUCCAAUGAGCAAGAUACCAAUCAGGAAGGGAAUGAUGUUGGCGAAGUCGCCGAGAGUCUCACGACUAAAAAUCUGAAAGUGAGUAGAAAGUGGACUAUUGAAUUAAGAGAGCCUUUAGGAAUGGUACCGCAGCGACUGCAUCCGAUUGUUUCACUGAUUCCACGUCGAGAACCACGAACACAAAUUGCAAUAGUAGCUGGAUAUGUCAUUAACACUGACACCCACAUGAAUGCAAAUGCAAUGGAAUACCAUUUGACAUAG